UACGGGGAGAUGCACGAGAAGCUCUUCCAGCACCAGCGGGAAGGCGUUGCCUUCCUGUACCGCCUGUACCGGGAGGGCAGGCCUGGCGGCAUCCUGGCAGACGACAUGGGCCUGGGUAAGACCAUCCAGAUCAUCGCCUUCCUCUCGGGCAUGUUCGACGCCGAGCUCAUCCGGCACGUCCUGCUCAUCAUGCCCACCACCCUGGUCAGCAGCUGGCUGGCGGAGUUCGCUCGCUGGACCCCCGGCCUGCGCGUCAAGGAAUUCCACGGCACCAGCAAGAUGGAGCGCACCAGGAACCUGGAGAGGGUCCAGAGGAGGAACGGCAUCGUCAUCACGAGCUACCAGAUGCUCAUUAACAACUGGAAGCAGCUUGCCAGCAGCUACGAGCAGGAGUUUGUCUGGGACUAUGUCAUUCUCGACGAAGCGCAUAAAAUCAAGUGCCCGUCUAACAAAACAACCAAGUGUGUGUACGCGAUUCCUGCAAAGCAUCGCCUCCUCCUCACGGGCACCCCAGUGCAGAACAACCUGCGGGAAAUGUGGUCUCUGUUUGACUUUGCGUGCCAAGGCUCUCUCCUGGGAACGGCCAAAACUUUUAAAAUGGAAUAUGAGAAUCCUAUUACUAGGGCAAGGGAGAAGGAUGCAACUCCAGGUGAGAAAGCACUGGGGCUAAAGAUAUCUGAGAAUCUGAUGACAAUUAUAAAGCCUUAUUUCCUCAGAAGAACCAAAGAAGAUAUCAACAACCAUCGCGCUGACAAACCAGGUGCUCCUCUUCCUGCGGAUCCAGGCGAGAACAGUGUUCCUGUCAUGCCAUCUCUCACUAGGAAAAAUGACUUUGUGGUGUGGGUGUACUUGGCACCGGUGCAGGAAGAAAUCUACAGGAACUUUCUCUCCCUGGAUCACGUGAAAGAAGUGCUGAUGACAACCCGGUCGCCUUUGGCUGAGCUGACCGUCUUGAAGAAGCUGUGUGACCACCCCAGACUUCUGUCUGCAAGAGCGUGCAUCCAGCUGGGCUUGGAGGAGCAGGAGUGCUCUGAGCACGAUCACAGCAGCGAAGCAGGAACGCUUUCAGGCGCUAAUAAAAUAGAUCACCUCUCCGAGGAGACCCUGAUUCAGGAGUCAGGGAAAAUGCUGUUCCUCGUAGGACUUCUAGAAAGACUGCGAGAAGAAGGACACAGAACCCUGGUGUUCUCGCAGUCGAGGAAGAUGCUGGAUAUCAUAGAGCACGUCUUGUCUCACAGACGAUUCAAGAUCAUGCGUAUUGACGGAACGGUCACCCACCUAACGGAGCGGGAGAAGCGCAUUAACGCCUUUCAGACUAACAAGGGCUACUCAGUCUUCCUGCUCACCACCCAAGUUGGUGGCGUUGGUAUCACCUUAACAGCAGCCAGCCGAGUGGUGAUCUUUGAUCCCAGCUGGAAUCCAGCCACAGAUGCUCAGGCUGUAGACAGGGCUUACAGGAUUGGGCAAAAAGAGAACGUAGUAAUCUAUAGACUGAUUACCUGUGGUACAGUGGAGGAGAAAAUAUACAGGCGGCAAGUGUUUAAGGAUUCCUUAAUAAGACAGACUACCGGUGACAAAAAGAACCCGUUCAGGUAUUUCUCCAAACAGGAACUAAGGGAGCUUUUCACAUUAGAAGAUACUCGAACAUCUGCGACUCAGAUCCAGCUGCAGUCUCUGCACGCCACCCAAAGGAAGACUGACCUGCAGCUGGAUGAACACAUUGCUUACUUGCACUCUCUGGAGAUGUUUGGCAUUUCUGAUCACGACUUGAUAUACACGAGGGAAAUGGCUCACGAGGAGCAGGUUGAGAGUGAGGAAGCCCAUCAGUACAUUCAGCGGAGGGUGCAGAAAGCCCACGAGCUAGUUCAGUUAGAGUCUCAGCUUAGGGACCAGAGGAUGGAGGGGAUCAGAAAUGCUUGUGAAGAGAUGUGGCAAAGACCACCAGAACUGGUUUCCGAGCCCAGGAAGCGGUCUCCAGCGUUGAACAACAUAAAUCACUUUGUUCCAGCACCAGCAGCUGAUAAAGACGAAAAUGACCAAGUUACUGAUCUUACAGAGGACGAGGAGGUCCAGGUUCUUAAUGUCAGCUCCAAAAUGACAACUCUGACUAUUGAUGACUUGGAUGAAGAGAAGCUGGCACAAGAUGUGUCCAGUACGGACGCAGAGCUGCUUAAAACCAGCAAGGCAGAGAAACGAUCUGAUACACAAGAAUCUGAGCAAAAUCUUGAAUCAAGCACUGUACCAUCAUCACCUGGACUUCUUCUACCUGAUGAGGCGAGCCGGAGUCUCGGACAGAAAUGGCGUUCCCAUGUAAAUGCAGACAGCCUGACUGAGGCAGGGAACGGCCUGUCUGGGCAUUCGUCUAACGAGUCUAGUAUGGCUGACGAUCCCAAGAGGUUAAGAGAUGCAGAAAUGUCAGAUCGGGUGCUUGACCCGCAUGCUGCCUUGGGGACAGGCAAGAAUGACAUUCCUGAGCUAGGUUUGGCCGCCGCAGUGUCGAGUUCAUCAAACACUAUGCUAGAAAUCCAUGCCGGGCUCCAGAAGUCUCAUGUGCUGGAAACCAGCUUGGAGGGAACGUCUGUGCCUUCUCUCCAGGAUGAAGUUGACUUCAAUCUGGUCUUGGAAGAGUCUGAAGAUGGAAGUAAAGAUGCCUCAAAUGAGGGAAGAUCACUGGAGCACCCAGAGAAGGAGGGCUUCCAACUAAAAGCAGAAAGUUUUUACAAGUCUCCAAGAAACACUUUGUUAAGUGAGGAAAAGCCAAAUGGCUCCCCGCAAGGGAGCGAAGCAUCAGAGGAAAGCAGUGGUGACUUUAUUUUUGGUAGAAAGAAAUGCUUAAAAAGAAUUGUCUCAGACAGCGAGGAUGAAGACUGUUCUGUUAUCAUCUUGGAGGAAAACCAGUCUGAAAAAAGGCCCUCUCCCUUGAGCAGCCCUCUGCAUCAAUUUCGGGAGGGAAUUAGUUCUUCCACCCCUAAAUGUGACAGAGGUAUAGCAAAAGUCAUCUUUUCUCCCCAGCUAACAAACAGCAGUAACAGGUCUACUGCUUCCAGGCGAUCCCUAAUCAACAGGGUGGUAGAUGAGGUUGAGGACAUUGAAGAAAUCAUGGGAACCACCGAUGAAGAUGAUGGUGAUGAGGAGCAAGAGAACCUUGUGGAAGAAGAAGCUGAAGAGUUUAGUGGGGAAUCUGCCAAGCCUGAAGAAGAACCUGCUGGAGAAACACUCGAUACAACUGAGGAAUCCUUCCACCUAGACAGUAUGCCCUCCGAGCAGUCUGACACAGAGGAGACGGAGUCACCUCAGGAGGAAUCCACUGGCGAUGCUGAGCUUCAGUCAGGGGAACAGAUAGACUACUUCACCCGGGAAAGCGUCUCCGAUAGAGAGCCUGCUCAGAGCUGCUCUCCUGCCGCAGGCGAUUACAAUACCUUGGUACACAGCGGGAAGAAACUUAUGGAUAACGGAAAACCACAGGAGGCAUUGAACUGUUUCCUGCAAGCUCUUGACAUAAGAAGUGGAGAUCCGGAAGUUAUGCUGAUGACUCUGAACUUGUACAGACAGCUAGCUCAGAAGUGAAACGUGUAUACCUUUAUUAAGUACGCCUUCUUCCGAUUGAACGUUGGUCUGAACUACAUCACUCUGGUUGGGUGGGUUAACCG